GCCUCCUCGUUCCUUUUUUUUUAAAUUACGGUGCGGAUAAGUCACUGGUCAUCACAUAUUAAAUGCUUAUCACAUGGCACAUACCUAAGCAGGUCCCUAAUCAAAUCCCUAAAUUCUAAUUGAGUAGAUUACAAUUGUUUGUUAUCUAGUACAACUGUCUAUGUUCGGCAAAAUACAUACCUCCGAGAACGUACUACCUAUCAAUGCAAUAUUGCAACUGACGAAACCGGACUAAUCAACCUCCUCUCAUCUUCAAUUUUUAUCAUUUUUCCCUUUUCACCCUACCAAACCCUCCACAAAACCCCUUAAGCCAAACCAAGGUCAAACUCCAAUCCAGCCUGGAAUGCGCCAUCUAUCUUCCUAAUUCGGAAUCCAGAAGAUGACAUAAUAGUACCCAUUCAUUCUUGAUAUCGUAGCCAUGGACGACCUCAAUGUUGAGGCUUGGAGGCGGGUUCACCUGGGAGACGAACCUAUCUAUUACUCUGCGCCACCUCCAUCUAAUCCGGAUGAUAUUAUAUGUCUUGGGUCGGAUGAGGAACUUGAUGAGCACGAAAAGGUUGCAAAAAGACUGAGAUAUGAAGCCCAGGGACUCCGAUAUCUGCAAGGUAAGCCUUUAAGAAUUAUGUCAGCAUCCCUGCGUGGUCCGUUCGACAAGGCCUCAGGCUGGCAGAAUCCUUGGCUACCCAAAGAAUCUGGACCCAAGUACACCGUUCCUGAACCAUCUCAACUUCCAUUCAACCAAUACCUUCGUAAUAUUAUGGGACAAUCAAUGCAGCAAGAUGAUAGCACGCCAGGCACAGACAGUUCAAUGCGCUGCCAUGUGUCCAGCCCUAUCAACAAUGGCGGACUACAAGUCCUCCCGGACCCUCCCGAAAACUCUAAGCGUAGUCGAAUACAGUCUUGGGCAAAUGAGGUAUCACAAACAGGAACCUUAGAGAGGGAUGUUUUCUGGGCCCCUGCACCGGUUCCUAAGGAAGCAAUUAGUAGCCCCUCCAAGAAACGACAUGCUAAGAAUGCAUGGUUGAAGAAACCAUCCAAGAAGACGAGGUUGAGCAAUUCGCAAAAUCCAGCCGCCGCAGCAUCUACUCCCACCCCGAUGCCCUUGAUCCGCAGUAAAUCAGUACCUACAGACACCAAUUAUACUACGGAGCCCAUCCUUUGCGAACCACGAGCUAGUCGAAGCUUUCAAUUGGCUACACCAUCCUCUAUUGUUAGCCAGAGUGCUCUAGAGGCUACGUACGAAGGACAACAAGCCGAAAAUCCCGCCGAUAAAACAACACCGUCUCGCAACAAUCCGACUCACAUAUCCAAAUCAGCCACGAAUCACCUGGAUGUGCAGUCCACGGAGACAACAGUCAACCACACUGAUGAUCAAUCAUCGUACAACAAGAAUAGCCGAGAAAAUAACAAGAGCACAGAUCCUAGACAUAGUGAUCAGAUAAAGGAGACAACCGAAGAGCCGACAAACCAAGAAGAUCAACAACCUCAGGAAACAGAGGAAGACAUAGAUCUCGAGAGUUACUUAGAUCAAAGUUUCCACUACCGAGCUCGGCCAGCGAAACAAACAACCCCCACGGCCAAUUUGGAUGUCCCAGGAACGGGCACUUGCCCCGAGCUUACGCAGACUGGAACACCAGAAUCUACAAACCACAAUAGCAUGACAAUAGCUGCAGCUCUUGAAGUAGAACAACAACAUCCAUCCUCUCGACGAAUCACAAUGCCAGACAAGCAGGCGCCGCAAAUAUCAGAAUAUCCACCAAUCCUAGUGUGUGACCAAGACAAAGAUGGUGAUGUUCCGAACCAGCAAUGUUCUGCCAGUUUAUCAAUUACGAUGAAAGAAGCAUCCAAGGGACACCAGGCCGAGGACGGCAACAGACAGAGUAAUUCUUCCAGUGAUACAUCUACUAUUACUGAUAGCGAGCCCUCGGAAGCCCAGACAGAACUUGUCGAGGAAAUGAUUUCACAUCCCAUUGAUUCGGACAAAUCCGUAUCCAUGCCCAAAGACCCAGAUUCUCUUUCAGUGGAGAGUGAAAAUGUUAGGAAGAGCCUCUGCGAACUCCAUGACGAUCAACGUGCGCCACAUCCAAUGUUUGAGACUUUAGUAUCUCAAAAUGUCACGCUCUCGGAGAAUCAUGUAUCAAACAAGGCAGAGCCAGAAACGCUUAGACUACCGGCAAACGAUGAUUCUACACUAGUUGGUGAUCCAAUGGAUCCUAACCAAAGGAUGGGAAUUACCACUGGCAAAUUACUUCCAACCCACGACACAUCCAUUGAUAUAGACACAAAAGUCGACCCGUCAUUGGAGCCACGUGCUGUUACGCAAAUCUCGAUGAAGGAUGAAGCGCAGGAAUGCAAAUCAGACGCUAAAGCCAACAUGAUGGUUAAAGUACCAUUGUCACAAUUAGAAUUGGGCAUGGUCGGAGCUAUGGAUAACUCCUCAAAUCUACCAGGAAAUAUGACAGAGAAGAAAUCGGCGGCCCAGCAUGUCAAGCCUGGGAAUAUUUCUGAUGAAAACGAUCCAACCCAGGCGGCUCUAUUAGACCCUCCGGUCACUAUUCCACGAUCAAGCCUUUGGGCGUCUACAGUCCUGUGUGAGCCAGAUGCAAAAGUUGGUUACAAUAAUACAAAGCAAAUUAACGACGACUCCAAUAUCUCUCUCCAACCACUGUUUCAACCCUUACCAGGCUCUCAACACAACGGUUACAGUGUGUCUAGAAUCACGCCGUCCCAACAGAGCCCUUGGAUUGCAGAGCCCCCAGAGUUGACAGCAGUAAACACACAAGAGGAUCAUGCUACAACAAAUACAGCAAAUACAACCAUCAAACUUUUGACUACGACAUCAAGUCCGAGCCUUUAUCAAGGCCAGAGUCCGUGGGCUGGAAUGCACACAGACAUCACUUCUCCUGUGAAAACUCCGUUCGCCACGACUACGCCCAUAACCCAUGAUGUGAAGCAGUUCAAUUCGCUAUCCCAGCCACCUACAUCAGCCGAUAAACCAGGUGAAUGUCUAUCAGAGGAUUUAGAAUACAGACCUACCACACCCCCUCAAAUGCGUGAAAUUGAGGCACAUACCCCCGAACUGGAGAAAUCGAUCAAGGCGUUUGCUAUAUUCAACACGCCAUCACCAAAAAAACGGCGACGGUCCAUUAGUUCAACUAGCAGUCGUAAACGUGGCAUUCUCUCUAGGGACACCGCUUCAAAUCCAUGGGGUAGUAGACGGUCGAGUAAACGAUCAAGUCUACGGGUAUCCUUUGCCCCGUUACCCAACAACGAAGACUACGCUGUCAGUGCGCCAGCAUCCAGCGUUCAGAGACCUGCCUCACCCCCACCCCGUGAGGUGGUCGAUACAGAGGAUGAUAGCACCGAGGGUCAUUUUAGGACCCAUUUUGAUGCCGUAAAGCGACGUGCCAGCAGCGAAAAUAUGGGACGUCCGCAAAAGCGACGCUUGCUCCCAAGCGAAUCUCAACGGAUACCUAUGAGUCCAGGAAUCGGCGCCAUGGCCGAUGCCUUCCGGGAAGCCGAUAAAUAUAUAGUACAUAUACCAGAAGCUCUGGACAGUGCUGUUCCGGAGAUGGCCGGCCAGGAGAUGGAGAUGGAGAUGGAGAUGACUGAUGUUGAGCAAACACCAUGGAGAGAAGAAAGCCAAGAGGUAGACGACGUCGCCGAUGUCCUGAAGAAUUUGGGCGACUUCCUAGGUGACUGGAACAUCGAGGCGGAGAUGGCCAAGGGUAUCUGAGUCUACCACGAAAAGCUUGGGCUGGGGUAUUCUGGAGUAAAGGCGAAGAAAAAAUACAAGAUUACGGAUGUAAUUACGAGUAUGGGAAUUAGCACCGGCUUAUUAAGUGCGAUACGGAUGGAACGAACUCGGGUUUCGCCUUGAUACCCCCCUAUUAUUUACCUACGUAUUGUAUAUGCGUGGCUUUCGGCGUUGCGGGAUAGUUACAUGUGUUUGGCUGGGCUCGAUGGAUGGAUGGUUCAUAUAGUUACCUGGGCAGGCAUUCUCAGCUUGCAUAGCUGUGUGCUAGGUUAUACGUAUACCUCUAAUUGUGCGG